GACCGAGGGAAGCUGGGGAAGUACUUUAGCUGGAUUAGGUUCCUGCAGAGAGGGAGAUUAAAGAGCAGUCACUGGAGCAAGAAGCACCAGGCAGAACACUAUCUGUCUUUUUAUAUGAGAUUCCAGGCAUUAGACCGUAUUCUACCUAUUCUACACAGUCUCACGUUAACAGACAAAAUCUGAUCUGAUGGUAAAGCAAACAAGAGAUGGAGAAUGGACCAGAAAUAGCUGAGUAAACGCAUUCGCCUUUCAUCCACUCUUGCUCCUCCAGAAAACAGAGCCUUUUACAAGGCAAUUGACUUCCUGCACAGCUUAAAUUAGCAACCUCAAACUUUUCACACGGAAAAGCAGAAAUCCAGAAGAGGUGAACAACUUGAGAUACUUUUAUAUUUUUAUAUUGUUUUCUAGCACAAACAUUACUCAUCUGCAGUCUCUGAAGUCAGGGGUCUCCUGCUAAAUGUCUUUUAAAUACAUGUCCACGCCCGUUUAGACUAAUAAACCAUAUGUUUAAUUUAUGUUCAGGUGGAGUCGUUGAGUGUGAUAAACAGUCGUGGUUAGAUAGGACCACAGCUGGGAUGUUCCCCUAAAAGUGCAACAAUUCAGCUACAGAACUACCGCAAAUCACCUCCCCCCUCCACAACACUAUUGGCGAGACGCGUUAUCUCCUUUGCUGAUUGGCUACACUUGUGGAAAUGAAGCUGUAUUGCCGGAGCCAUACCAUUUCACCUUUGCGUGGGGGUGUCCGUCAAUGUAUAAAGAUAUAUUCAAUUGCUUUGCAGUAGAUCUUUAAAAUCAAAUGUUAAGGGAAUGGUAUAAAAUGUAUUAAAAUAAGAAAUGACGGUUUAAGUGGUAAUUCACAAUCCACGAAGGACAUAUUACCAACGGUGUUCUAUGCGUCUCCCCGCAUGUGCGCUUUAGAGGUAUGGCUCAAAAUGGCUGUGGAAAAACAGUUUUGAAGGUUUGUCGAUCUGCAUGAAAUUUAAAAUGCUGCAUGGUGUACAUUUAUGAAGAAGCCCGAUCGCGGUGCGGAGGACCCCGCCGGAAAGGUGAAGAGAGGGAGAGGGUGAGCAAGGAGGAGAGAAGAAAGAAGAGGAGAGACUGAAUAGAAUUUUCGUACACACCCCUAUAACAAGUCUGAGACUCGGGGCAGUCGUAAAGGCAGCGGUAACGGCAGACGUAAAGGCAGACGGCGUGAGCGCUGCGGCCAGGGUGGAGCCGGAGCAGAACCCCAGCCGUGAGGCUCCUGCGCUGGGGAGUGGGUGGAGCAGGAGGUGGAGCAGGAGGUGGAGCAGGAGGUGGUGGGAUGGGAUUACUGAGUCAGGGCUAUUGAUUCCCCCAGCAGCCGCCUGGGAAACCCGAAACUCAAAUGGAUUUUCUCAGGUGUGUUAAUCUGACCAUUCCAGACCAAAGGUAUGAAGAGCCAGGAAGUCAAGACCCCCAACUCACUAAAGUCACUCAGUGACGUCAGACCGGCCACGCCCAUGAAGAGCCUCCAGUACCGCAGCAUUGCACCCAAAGCCCCUCCCCCUCCCCCUCCUGCCCCACUGGUCUCUGAGGCCCCGCCCACCGCCAGCCCCCUGCUGGUGCCGGCGCAGAACUACGCUCUCAUGCAGGUGGCCGGCCAGGAGGGCACCUUCUCCCUGGUGCCGCUGCCCGCCUCCGCCUCCGCAUCGCCAGGGCAACAGCCACUGAGCAAGAGCCUCAAGCUGCCCAUCCCCCGCUACCAGCCAAUGAGGAGCAAGAGCACGCCUGAGAAGGCCAAUAACAAUAAGAUGGGGAGCCCGGCCAAAGUUGCCAUGACGCCAGCUCGGUCGGCCAUCCAGUCGAAAGCCUCGGAGGUGGCAAACACGCCCACCGAGCCGGUCAAUGAGCCGCUGGUGUUUGCGGGAGAGGCGGGAUUAGAGGGCACAGCCGGCCCUCCCUUAGGAAGGCUGGCGCCCAUGCCACCUGUUGCCCUGCCCACACCAGAACUGAGCCCGCCCACCUGUCAAGUCACCCCUGAAAAGGCAGCUCAGCCAAUCACAGUGCUCUCCCCCGCCCUCUUCGGGAAGGCUGUGCAGCUGAUCACACCUCCUCCCUCGGGGAAACUCCCCAUCCUGCCUUACUCUCGCGUCAGGGACUCCCUUCUGGCCACACCCCCUCCCCUUCCUCCUCCUCCUCCUCCUCCUCCUCCCCCUCCUCCUCUAACCAAUAAGAGCACUUCCCCUACGGCCCAGGCCACACCCCCACCUCCCUUCCAGCCGUCGGCGAAGAGGAAACGCGGCCGGCGGAGGAAGACGGUAGAGGACGUUCUGGUGCUGGAGGCCCGCAGGAAGAGGGCGCUGACCUUCUUCCGCCGGCGCGUGACCCCCGAGAAGCCGCCCCCGAGCACUCCCCUCAGCUCCAGGAAGUACCGCAGCAUCCGGCCCAAACCUGCCCCGCCCUCCCCAGAUCUGCCCCCACCGCCCCUCCAGCUGACUUCCUCCUCCUCCCCCCCACCCUUACAGACCCCCCCGCCCAUCGGCCUGACGCUCCACCCUUGCCCCACCUGUGGCCGUUGCUUCCAGCACAAGCACCACCUGACCAGUCACAUGAGCAGCCACCUGCUGGCCAAUCACGGCAGGGCGCCCCACGCAGAGGCGCACCUGCACCUGCACCACGCCCGCCCCGCCCGCAUGCGGUCCCGCCCCCUGGUCAGCCCCCAGCGCCGCCCCUCGCUGCGCUGCCUGUUCUGCCAGAAGGCCUUCAGCUACGUGGGCGUGUUCUUCAGCCACCUGCGCGAGCUGCACCGCGUCAUCCUCACCGUGGAGCCGUCCAUCGCCCAGCACGAGGAACACACACCUGGCACUGAGUCGCGUGAGGAGGAGAUGGAGGACCCCGUGGAGCUGCAGAUCAAAUGUGGGCGGUGCCAAGCGGUCACGCCCACCUUCUCCGACAUGCAGCUCCACCUCCUCUACGUACAUGGCCAAGGGGCGGGGCCUGGGCCCUCCGGGGGCAGCCCAUCAGCUUCAAGUGGGCGGACCGUGGAGGAGGAGCUGGUGAAGCACGCCGCACACUACUGGAGGCAGCUCAACGAGAGGCGGGGCUUGAGGAGGUGUGGGCGGUGUCAGGAGGUGUUCCUGUCCAUCUCGAGACUCAAACGCCACGCCUGCUACCGCCUCCUGGGGCCGGGGCGGGGCUCGGGGCUGUCACUCAGGACGGGGCGGGGCUUCCACUGCUUCCUGUGCAGUGUUGUUCUGGACAGCAAACAGGAAGUGCUGGAGCACUGGAGGGGGCGGCACCACUGUGAAAACCCCACCCUCUUGUGGGAAGCAUUGAAUGGGGGCGGGGACACAGAUACCAAGACUGUCUCCUAGCAACCCUAGGUCCCCAGAAGGACGUGUGUGUGUGUGUGUGUGUGUGUGUGUGUGUGUGUGUGUGUGUUUGUUUGUGUGUAAGAUAAACCACUACUACAUAGUUUCAGCUGUUGCGCUGUUUUGCCAUGUCCGGUUGCACUGCUUUCUUCGUUUGAAUGUCAAGUUGUUUAAACUUUUCUCAAGUUUAGAAUUGUAAUUUAUAAGAUUUUGUUUUCAUAGGAGAGUGUUUUGUGUGCUUGUCAAUAUUAUUUAAGUUUGUUUUGAAUGGAGAUAAUUGAUAAUUGUUGUCACUACAAGGCAGAAAGAGAGAGCUCAUACGGGCAGUGAAGCCAGCCAAUCAUAUCUCUGUCAGAUUCUCAGCAGCCUGUAUCUUACCGGCCAAUCACAGCUCUAUGCUCUCAGGAUGGUCUAACAGUGAAUGUGAGCUAUUAGAGGGGGGUGUGUGUGUGUGUGUGUGUGUGUGUUUUGAAAAUAUUUGGGUGACAUUAUGAUGCAAACUCUAUAUUCUCAGACAUUACUUAGGACAGCCUCUGAUAAAGCCUGUUUUGAUUGUUCACCUAUAUGUAAGUGUGUGUGUGUGUGUGUGUGUGUGUGUGUGUGUGUGUGUGUGUGUGUGUGUGUUGUGGCUUACCGAUUGUGAGACGUAUACAUUUAUUUUCCAAAUGACUGUUGUUAAACUGUGCUAUGACAGGGUAAUUGAAUGUUUUACAUCAGAUAAUCUAUAAACAUACUGUACUCAUAGAUAUAGAAUAUACUGAGAGUAUAUAUAUAUAGAGAGAGAGAGAGAGAGAGAGAGAGAGAGAGAGAGAGAGAGAGAGAGAGAGAGAGAGAGAGGAAUAAAAAGAAAUACCUAAAUAUUUAUACAUAAAUAUAUAUACAUAUAUUUGCAUUGAAUAAUGUAGUCACCAUGCUGCUGUUUAACCUGAAUGGAGGCGAGUGGAGAUGAGUUCACCUCGUCACCCUCCUAACCCUUUAAUCUCCCUAACCCUUUCAUCUCCCUAACCCUUUCAUCUCCCUAACCCUUU